AUGAGAUACUUUGUUUUCAUGAGAUGCACUAUUCAGUUAAUGAUGUUUGUUUAAUAUAUUUUAUUUCAAGAAAAUAUAAAAUAAACUCCGAGAUUAUAUUAUAAUUUUACUUAUAAAAAAGGGUGCUAAGAUUUAAUAUUGAACAAGAUUCGAUUUAAUUUUGGAUAGCUAAUAGAGUUGACGAUGAAAUCUGGGAGGAACCUAUGA